CUCACUGGCUUUAGUAUCGAUUGUGCUUUUCAUCGUAUCACUCGACACAACUUCGUAAAGCGUGGUCAUGAAGCUGAUUUUGUUUACUCUGUUGGGCCUACUCCUCGUCGCCACUAUUGUCCGUGCUGACGAUGAAACAGAAGGAGCAGUCGAUUGCGAGAUAGUGAAAUGCACUGGAGCCAAUGAAGAGUUCAACUGUUGUGGAAAAUGCUUCCAAAAGACUUGCUUCACCAAAAAGGUCAAGUGUUCAACUGAAUGCACCCCCGGAUGUUUCUGUGCGGAAGGUUUCAUUCGCAUACGUGAGGGUUCCAGUUGCGUGCCGGAAAACAAAUGCUACAAAGUAUUGGCAGGUGGCUUUAACAAUGGCAAAUAGUGCAGCCGGAUCGAUGCUUCAACGAUUGUAUCUGUCCAAAGGGAUUACUUCAAAUAUUCGCCACUUCUUUUUUUUCGCUGCAAUGAGACAUUUUUUACAUGUAACAUGAAUCUCCGGCCAAUGCGCUACAAGGCACGUUUUAUGCUAUUUACGCUCUUCCUUUAAAUAAUGUAACGCUGUUCUGUAAUUUGUCAUGAAAUUUUGAUCAAAUACAUUUGACUUUGAAAAGUGCA